AUGUCAGCAGAGAGCAUUGAAAGACAGAAAUUUGCUAAAUUUAAUGAAGAAUAAGUUCUUGAUAAUCAAGAUUAGUCUACGACAACUUAGUUUAAAUAAAGUAGCAAUGCUCUUUCCACAACUUCUGCUUUCACUGAAAACAAUUGUAAGAUCAAACCAAUUAAAACUUAAAGUAUUUUUAAAAUAUAUCUAAUUAGGAAGUCUCUUGACUCUAACCCCGUAAAUCAGUUAAAGGAGAGGUUCUCAAUCUUUGGCAGACCAUACUAUGAGAAAUGACGAUGGCGUACAUAUAUUUUUCAAAUAUUAGCAAUUUGCAUAAAACCAUUAUGAUAAAAAAUGUCUCUAUAUGAUAUAUUGGUAUGAUUCCAAUAUUGAUCAUAAAUAUGAGAUCCCAAUCAAAACUAAUAACUUUUAAAUCACAAUUGGAGAUCUCAUUUAACUAGCGAUAGCUUAAUUUAAUGAUUAAAAUGAAUAUUUACAAACUCCAUUUUCAUCAGAUGUAAAUAAUUAAUAUUUGUAUGAAUUGUACAUUCCAAAAAAGAAAAAAGGAACUCCUAAUGAAGAUUUUCCAUGUAAUUGUUCAUUCAAAUUUUAGCCUUUGCCAAUUCAACCAUGCUAUCCUAAACAAAUCAAACAGAGUUCUCUCUUAAAGCUACUCAAAAACAAUCGAAAUAUUCAACUAGCCUUUCCAAUUCCAAGCACUCUUCUGCAAUCAAGCAAAAUGAAAAAUAAGGAGUAGGNAAGGAAUAUCUAUUUUAAUAAAAUUUAGAUCUCAUUCAAUAAAGAAAAGAAGCCUUUUUUAAAUCAAAUAGCAACAAGCAAUCAUUUAAUAGUAACUCUUAAUUCUCUACUGCAUUAAAUACUCAUUCAGCCUCUCAUAAAUAUAAGUUGUCACUAGAAAGCAAUUUCGAUUAAAUUAGUUUUUAAUUAAAUACUGCUAGAUGA